AUGGCGCCCUGGAUAGACCUGCCGUAUGAAAUAAGGAACGUCACGCCUGAAGAAGAUAAAAUUAUCAAGAAAUGCCUAAUCGGAUACACGAAACCAUUUGUAAAAUGCGGCAAGAACGAAUACGUGAUGGCGGCGUCUUUCAGAAAACAUGCGGAAGAAAUCUACAACCUGGAAGUGAGGCCUGACGAUAUAUGGGUUAUCACUUUUCCCAGAUCAGGCACCACGUGGACGCAGGAAAUGGUCUGGCUUAUAGAAAACGAUUUAGACUUCAAAGCAGCCAAAGAAAAGCCGCUCCAUGAAAGAUUUCCUAUGUUGGAAGUAACCGCACAUAUACCUCAAGUUGCGUUCGAAUUAAUCAAAGCAAACUUCAUGAACUUAGCAUACUUCCAAGGUUUGAACCAUGCUGUUAGGAAGCCCAGUUGGAAGGCCAUAGCUGAAGCACCAUCACCGAGGUUCAUCAAGACCCAUCUGCCACUCUCUAUGUUACCACCGAAGUUGCUCAGCACGGCUAAAGUUAUUUACGUCGCCAGAGAUCCGAGAGAUGUCGCUGUAUCAUAUUAUUAUUUACACAAAAUGGUUGCCAAAAGUCUAUUGAGAGCAACCUUUCACACGUUUUGGGAAGCAUUCAGAAGAGACUUGUUACCAUGGACACCGAUCGUAGCUCAUACAAACGAGGCCUGGGAGAAGAGACACAAUCCGAAUCUCCAUUUUAUGUUCUACGAAGAUAUGAUUAAGGAUCUACCUAAAGAAAUCCGUGCGGUAUGCAAGUUCCUCAAUAGAAAAUAUCCAGCAGACAAAAUAGAAAAUUUAGCGGAGUAUUUAAGUUUCGACAGCCUGCGAAAAAAUAAGAACGUGAACAACACGGCCGGGGAUAAUAGCGAAGUACAAUUCCUUAGAAAAGGCGAAGCUGGCGGUUGGCGAACACACUUCGACGCCGAAAUGGAGGUGCAAGCUGAAGAAUUCAUUUCAACUCGUCUCCGAGGCCUCGAUUUAUCUUAUCCAUCAUUCCAACUCAAUGAGACCGAAUGCUCUCACUUGUAACUGUAGCAUUAUGAAGACUUAUUUAUAAGACUGAUUCUGUAGAAUGCAGUGAUGUAAAAUCGAAUUUUCACUAAGUGACUGGCAUGGUUUUGGUGUGCGCGCCAUCUAUUGAGUGAUCGCGUGUCCUAUUUUCAAUUCUAAUCCGCGAUUGCCAGAGCUGCGCGUUUACUUAUUGUUAACGGAAAUAUAACGCGUGAGUCAUGUAUUAAAAAGUGUAUACCUUACCUAUUUUACAGAAAGACAAAUUACUUUAAUGUACCAUAAUAAGUAAUGAGAGGGGAAAAAUGGAUUACAUACAAAUAGGAAACCAGAAACUUUUGGUCGAUCAUGAGCACAAAAUAGAGGAUAGUUAGAUACAAAGAGAUAGUCGCAAUUAUUAAAUGCCCUUUAAAAGUCUUAUCUGGGCUUUUAUAUCAACAGACUGCUACACAAAACAAC